GCGCGCAUGAGCGGACGUGCGUGUGCAGACGGCGGCUGCGCGGCCGGCGCCAGGCCUGGUGAAGCUCACACCGAGCACCUGAAAGAAGUUUUCGGCUAUUGUUUCCUAGGCCUAUAAGCUAUUUAAACAGCAGUGAUUACCUCCUGAACGUGUUGUGAUCUGUUACAGGAAUGUGCUUCUGAUCAUCUGAAUCUCAACCAUGGUGUUAAACUGCUUGGAAAAUUUAUUAAAAAUUACAAGCUCUCAUCUAUAUUCGAGAUUAUGCCAGCGAUUAUUAGGAAGUAAAAGGUUUUUCGGAACUGCGCCAACGUUCAGAUUUCGUAGGCGGGUUGUCAUUACAGGCAUUGGCUUAGUGACUCCUCUGGGUGUUGGAACUCAGCUGGUCUGGGAUCGUCUUAUUCGAGGAGAGAGUGGAAUUAUUUCACUGGUCAGUGAGGAGUAUAAGAAUAUCCCUUGCAGUGUUGCUGCUUAUGUGCCAAGAGGUUGUGAUGAAGGUCAGUUCAAUGAACAAAACUUUGUGUCCAAAUCCGAUAUCAAGUCCAUGUCUUCUCCCACCAUUAUGGCCAUUGGGGCUGCAGAGUUAGCCAUGAAAGAUUCUGGCUGGCACCCUCAAUCAGAAGCGGAUCAAAUGGCUACCGGAGUUGCAAUUGGCAUGGGAAUGGUUCCUCUUGAAGUUGUUUCUGAAACUGCUUUGAUGUUUCAGACAAAAGGUUAUAGUAAAGUCAGCCCAUUCUUUGUCCCUAAGAUUCUGGUCAAUAUGGCAGCAGGCCAGGUCAGUAUUCGAUAUAAACUCAAGGGCCCCAAUCAUGCAGUGUCUACAGCCUGUACCACAGGAGCUCAUGCUGUGGGAGACUCUUUUAGAUUUAUAGCCCAUGGUGAUGCUGAUGUGAUGGUGGCUGGAGGUACAGAUUCUUGCAUUAGUCCUUUAUCUCUUGCUGGGUUUUCCAGAGCCCGUGCUCUGAGCACAAACCCUGAUCCUAAGUUGGCAUGUAGACCAUUUCACCCAAAGAGAGAUGGUUUUGUCAUGGGAGAAGGUGCAGCUGUGCUGGUGCUGGAAGAAUAUGAUCAUGCUGUUCAACGAGGGGCCCGGAUCUAUGCAGAAGUUUUGGGCUAUGGACUCUCAGGUGAUGCUGGUCACAUAACUGCGCCUGACCCUGAAGGAGAAGGUGCCUUAAGAUGUAUGGCUGCAGCUGUAAAAGAUGCAGGUGUACGACCUGAAGAGAUAUCCUAUGUCAACGCACAUGCUACUUCCACCCCAUUGGGAGAUGCUGCUGAAAACAAAGCUAUCAAAAAUCUUUUCAAAGACCAUGCACCUUCCCUUGCGGUUUCUUCAACUAAGGGAGCCACGGGACAUCUGUUGGGAGCUGCAGGGGCGGUUGAGGCAGCUUUUACUGCUCUGGCUUGUUAUUAUCAAAAACUACCACCUACUUUAAACCUGGACUGUACAGAACCAGAAUUUGAUCUCAAUUAUGUUCCACUAAAGGCACAGGAAUGGAAAAUUGAGAAAAGACGUAUUGGACUCACCAAUUCCUUUGGUUUUGGUGGUACUAAUGCAACACUUUGUAUUGCUGGCAUGUAGGACAAAUCAUUUGUAAUUAAACAUUGAUUUUUAAAAAA